CCUCCCGCGAGCCUCCAGGUUUCUUAGCUGGACCAGGCCGAGUCAGUGUCAGUCAGGGAGGCGGACUGCUGAGCAUUGGGUGCGGAGGCUCAGUUGCAAUCUCUCCCAGGGGCCGGUGCCUGCACUCGCGCCGCCGGGUGGGAAGGAUGAAGCCGCAGCUGGAGCAGCCACCCUAUGAUUGGCUGUGGCGCUUGUGAACCCGAAGUAAAGAUGGCGGGCGGGCAGGCAGCCGCCGCACUGCCCACUUGGAAGAUGGCGGCGCGCCGCAGCCUCAGCGCCCGCGGCCGGGGGGUCCUGCAGGCGGCGGCGGAGCGGCUGCUGCCGUUGCUACUGCUGAGCUGCUGCUGCGGCGCGGGAGGCUGCGUAGCGGCGGGCGAGAACGAGGAGACGGUGAUCAUCGGGUUGCGGCUAGAGGACACGAACGACGUGUCGUUCAUGGAAGGGGGGGCGCUGCGGGUGAGCGAGCGGACUCGGGUCAAGCUGCGGGUGUACGGGCAGAACAUCAACAACGAGACGUGGUCCCGCAUCGCCUUCACCGAGCACGAGCGGCGGCGCCACAGUCCCAGCGAGCGCGGGCUAGGGGGCCCCGCGCCGCCAGAGCCGGACAGCGGCCCCCAGCGCUGCGGCAUCCGCACAUCAGAUAUCAUCAUCUUGCCCCAUAUCAUUCUCAACCGCCGUACAUCGGGCAUCAUUGAGAUCGAGAUCAAACCGCUGCGCAAGAUGGAGAAGAGCAAGUCCUAUUACCUGUGCACAUCGCUGUCCACGCCAGCCUUGGGCGCCGGCGGCCCGGGGUCCGCGGGUGGCGCCGUCGGGGGCAAGGGUGGCUCCGGGGUGGCCGGGCUCCCGCCACCCCCUUGGGCCGAGACCACCUGGAUUUACCACGAUGGCGAGGACACCAAGAUGAUUGUGGGCGAGGAGAAGAAGUUCCUGCUGCCCUUCUGGCUGCAGGUGAUCUUCAUUUCGCUGCUCCUGUGCCUGUCGGGCAUGUUCAGCGGCCUCAACCUGGGGCUCAUGGCUCUGGACCCGAUGGAGCUGCGUAUCGUGCAGAACUGCGGCACCGAGAAGGAGAAGAAUUACGCCAAGCGCAUCGAGCCCGUGCGCAGGCAAGGCAACUACCUGCUGUGCUCGCUGCUGCUGGGCAACGUGCUGGUCAACACCACGCUCACUAUCCUGCUCGACGACAUCGCCGGUUCAGGCCUCGUGGCGGUGGUGGUCUCCACCAUCGGCAUCGUCAUCUUUGGGGAAAUCGUGCCCCAGGCCAUCUGCUCCCGGCACGGCCUGGCUGUAGGGGCCAACACCAUCUUCCUCACCAAGUUUUUCAUGAUGAUGACUUUUCCUGCUUCUUACCCAGUCAGCAAGCUUCUGGACUGCGUCCUGGGCCAGGAGAUAGGCACCGUCUAUAACCGGGAAAAACUGCUGGAGAUGCUCCGGGUCACAGACCCCUACAACGACCUCGUUAAGGAGGAGCUAAACAUCAUACAAGGGGCGCUGGAGCUCCGCACCAAGACCGUGGAGGACGUGAUGACCCCCCUCCGCGACUGCUUCAUGAUCACCGGCGAAGCCAUUCUGGACUUCAACACCAUGUCGGAGAUCAUGGAGAGCGGCUACACGCGCAUUCCAGUAUUCGAGGGGGAGCGCUCCAACAUCGUGGACCUGCUCUUUGUGAAAGACUUGGCCUUCGUGGAUCCAGAUGACUGUACUCCCCUGAAAACCAUCACUAAAUUUUAUAACCACCCCUUGCACUUUGUUUUCAAUGACACCAAGUUGGACGCUAUGCUGGAAGAAUUUAAGAAAGGUAAAUCUCACCUGGCUAUUGUACAGCGAGUAAACAAUGAGGGAGAAGGGGAUCCAUUUUAUGAAGUUCUGGGAAUUGUCACCUUAGAAGAUGUGAUUGAAGAAAUCAUCAAAUCUGAGAUUCUAGAUGAGACAGACUUAUACACGGAUAACAGAACGAAAAAGAAAGUGGCCCAUCGUGAAAGAAAGCAAGAUUUUUCUGCCUUUAAGCAGACAGACAGCGAGAUGAAGGUUAAAAUAUCACCACAGCUUCUCUUGGCCAUGCACCGUUUCCUAGCAACAGAAGUAGAAGCAUUUAGCCCAUCCCAGAUGUCAGAGAAGAUCCUUCUAAGGCUGCUAAAGCACCCCAAUGUCAUCCAGGAACUGAAGUAUGAUGAGAAGAACAAGAAAGCCCCAGAAUACUACCUCUACCAGCGAAACAAACCUGUAGACUACUUCGUUCUCAUUUUGCAGGGGAAAGUGGAAGUAGAAGCUGGGAAAGAAGGUAUGAAGUUUGAAGCCAGUGCUUUUUCGUACUAUGGUGUAAUGGCCCUUACAGCCUCUCCAGUUCCUUUGUCCCUGUCUCGUACCUUUGUUGUCAGCAGAACAGAAUUGUUAGCAGCAGGCUCUCCAGGUGAAAACAAGUCACCUCCUCGCCCAUGUGGCUUGAAUCACUCAGACUCUCUCAGUCGAAGUGACCGAAUCGACGCCAUCACACCAUCGCUGGGGAGCAGCAAUAAUCAGCUCAAUUCCUCAUUCCUGCAAGUGUACAUCCCUGACUACUCAGUGCGCGCCCUUUCUGACCUGCAGUUUGUUAAGAUCUCAAGGCAGCAGUACCAAAAUGCUUUGAUGGCAUCCCGGAUGGACAAAACUCCUCAGUCUUCAGACAGUGAAAACACUAAAAUUGAAUUGACUCUUACGGAGCUGCACGAUGGGUUGCCAGAUGAGACGGCCAACCUGCUCAAUGAACAGAACUGUGUGACGCACAACAAGGCAAAUCAUAGCCUGCAUAACGAAGGUGCCAUCUAGGGCGCCCCCUCGCCCCCAGCCCUCACCCCUCCGGUUCCCGAGGUCCUGAACCAGGCCACUCGGCCUCGGCCUCUGUCCGACCAUGAAUCCCGUUAGUGUGAGCUUGUGUGCCAUGCUGCAUCCUGCAACAUCCUGAGACCAAAGACUUUGCCCCCUUCCUGGAAGCAGCAGAGGAGGACCAUGAGGGCAGGAAUGGAAACUAGAGCUGGGAAAUGGACAGCUCCCGUGUGGCUAUUGAGAUUUUGGAGAUGAACUUCUUCCGCCCAAAUAGAAUCAUGUUUAUUUUUUCAGCUGUACCUUUUAUCGUUAUUCACUCUCCUCCUUUCUUGAUUUGCAUGAAAUUGAAAAUUGUUGGGAUUUAUUUUUUUCAAGAGAUCGUUUUUAAAAAGUGUUUUUUGCAGAGUUUUCAGUUGUCCUGCCUGAACUCUGCUGUAACCCCAUGAUGUGACCCUUACAGGAUGGACUUGCCCCUCCAGGGGCCUUCCUUGGCCCUCCCAGGGAGGGGCACCCUUCCUCUGUGCCCCAGUGGGUGUCGCUGUCGAACUUGAAGGAUGAAUGAAGAAAACGCGUUGAUGCGGACCUGCCAAGUCUGGCACUGCCGACGAGCUUGCAGGGCCCUGCAGUCGCCUCUCUGAGCUCAGUGUUGUUUUAAGUUAAUGUUUAACUGUGUCCCUUUCCCUCAGAAAGGUUUAACAUUUGCUUGGAAUGUGAUUUUGCUCCCGCUCUAAGGAAUUUUUAUCACGAAAAUGAAUGUUAAUGAAUUUUAAACCCAUGGUUUAUCAUUGGCAAGAGGCAAGGUGACUUCAUCCCGACAUUCCUGCAGCCUGGGAUCCCGGCUCAGCCAGGCCUCCUCCCCGCCCCAGCGCCCCAGCUCACAGAGCGCCGUCACCCACCUCCCACCUCCCGUCCUCGCUCUUGUUAACCCAAGAUGCUGCUACACAGAUGCCAAAUGGAAAUCUUCCACAGGGCUUUUGAGUAAACACGUGGUGUGGGGUUUAAGCUCCUCCCCUUCCCACUGGGACGUGUGUGAUUGUCAGAAGAGGAGCUGGACCUUCCGGCUGCACUCUGUGCUCUGUGUCGGGAAGGCAUUUCUAGACCCAUGUGUUGAAAGGAGGGCGCUUUGGGCACUGCCAGCCCCUGCCCCUCCCUCCAGGGAGCCAAGUGUUCCUCUUCCGCUCUGUCCCUGGGCCCGGGGCCCCAGUCAUGGCUGUGUCCCCCGCCUGAGGAUCUCUGUGCCCCCCACCUCAGAGGCGGCCCACGCCAGGGUCAGUUUGGCCCCAAACAGGGAUUCAGAAACCAAAUGUGUGUUGUGGCCAUUUCAUGUGUGUCUGUCUUGUUUUAAUACCAAAUUCAUCAUGUGUAGUGAAAUUAAUGUCAGGAAGUAUUACUUGAGUAACUGAAUUCUUAACUAUCUUAUCUGUGUUUUAAGUGUUAGCCCAAGGGAUACGUGCAUUUUGUUGGCAACAUUCAUACACUGAAAUGAAUUCAUUCGACCAUAGAGAAUUGUCAGACCACGCUGCAUUCACUCACUAGCUAAGAGGACAGCAUUUUCUCCACGGGGUCCCACUGAGUAAAGGGAAGCCCCAGGGCUAAGCAGCAGUUUGCUUUUUCCUCCUCAAGGUAGGAAUAUGCACCCCAGGCUGUCUCUGCAGGGGUGGGAGCUUUGCUUGGGGAACAGUAAGUCAGCAGUGUACACUGGGCUUGCCUUCUAGUGAGUGCUUUGGUGUCGCCAGUGUCAUACGCGCGCUUGGCGAGUAUUUCCUCUGGGAUGUCAGUCCUGGAGUGUCUUCCUCAGACGAUGCCCUGCCCCUUGGUGAGGGAAGUACUGGCUUCACCUCGUGGUAGAGGGUCAUGAAGGUGCCCCCCAAGGGGGCUGAGUGGCCUGCUGCUGGCACCCAGCGUGCCACCUUGGGAUGGAGCCCCCACCAUGUAGCUUGGUGUUAGUGGGACCCUGCUCCGUGAGUAUCCCUUUUAAUAAACAUCCAUCCAAGUUAAAAAUCUCAGUUUCUUCAGAUGCUUCUAGCUGAGCUCAGUCUCAGUGUGACACAGGAACUGGGACUGUCUGUAGGAUACGCAGAAACGAGAGUUCCCCCGUAGUGAAGUGGAGCCUGGGCCUUGCGGUGGGCGGCCGGGGGGCUUCUCCCCAACAACCAUGCCGCACUCUUGGCCAGGACAGCACUGACUUCCCCGUGCGCUGGUGGAGCCUGCCCGGUCAUGCUGCUUCUGGCCUUAGGACUUGGCCUGUCAGCCUCUCUUGGCCGAUCUGCUUCUCCAUACAGUCCAUCUGGGGUGCCUCGUGACUGGCAGCGCCCUGGAAUCCGAGUUAAUGUGCUGGAUCUUUUUCAGAGCCCCUCUGUCCCUUUAUGAAUCCUACAGCUCGGUGAGAGUCAGUCUGGGCAGUGGAGAAAGCGUUCCAGCUGCUGCCUCCUUGACUUCAGGGAGAAACAUAACUUCUCAGUAUUGUCUGAUCUGCUCAGUGUGUUGGCUUUUUUGAAAAGUCUCUGUAAAGGAGCUGGCAGGCUGGCUUUGCAGUAGGGCUCCCAGAGGACGAAAUUUUAGCCUCCCAAGUUUGUAUUUAUUUUCUAUACACUACUCUUUACCUUUGAUUAUUCACACUGUUUUAUAACAACAGGGAAUCCAAAACCAUUCCUGUCUGAUCCCUAAAGGAAUGAGGGCUAACAUUUGGCCAUACUUACUUCUGCUUUGGGGAAAGCUCCAGGCCCUUCAAAUAACACUCAGUGUCUGAGUGACCAGCUUUCUCUUCCAGGCCCCAUUUUCCUUCUGGAAACGAACAUCAGGCUGUCGAGGGAGAAACUAGCUCAUUGCUUCUUCAGGCAGCAGGAGAAUGGUUUGGCUUAGAAAGUCUAUGCAAUUCCUGUCUGUGCAGUAAAUGGGAGUCAGGCAGAGAAGGCCCAUCAGACAGUUCAGAUGCCCAUGUGCAGUGGACAAUCCUUAGCACCACUGAUUGUCGUCUUCUGGGGCCGCUGUCCUUGUAAAUGAGGACAGGAGCAGAUGCAGGUCCUGGGGCCUGAAUUCGGCUGGAGCCCUUGUUGUCAGACCCAAGGCUUCUCUCCACAGUGGCUUCUGUGAUCCCUGCUGUGGAACGUCUUCCUGCUCCCAAGCAGACACUCUGGAAUCCCAAAUGUUCGACCUGGAUUCCUAGUAUCCAAAUGUUCCCAGGACCAUGUGCUUUCUCUUUAUAAUGAGUGAGUGACUUUUCCCCUACUGCCUUAGAGGUUCUCUCCCUUUAUUUCUCUCCCUUUGUUUCUCUCUGUUUUAUAUUUAUCAGGCAAGUCCAAAAUCAUAAACUCCUAGGAAAACAGAUACUUAAGAUUUGUAGAUGGACAUUGGGUGCUAAUCAACUUAAGCCUUGGUUCUUACAGAGUUUGAAUUUGACAGGGCGCCCCUUUUAACUCUGUUCUUCCCUCCUUCCUCACCUCACUUCUGGAAAAGAGCUGACAUGGUUGGCUUCCCCAAGUGAAAGGGACUAGGGCAUCCUACCUUUUUCUAAUGUUAUUUCAAGGAACUUUUGGGCAAACAUUGAAUGCAGAACUCCACACUGAUAUGGAACGUUAACUGUGAAUAUAUUUACCUGUGCUUUCCCAAGGGACAUACGACUAAAGGACCAGCUUUUUCAAGUCUAGGAAAAUAGUGGUAGAUACAAAUAGAAUUGCAUUUUCCCGAAGAAAUGAAGCAACAGAAAUUUGGGCUUAGCAGGGAACGUGAACUUCUGCCCUCAAAUUCUCAGAUCGAGGAGCAGACCUAAGUAGGCCAUGGCUGAUUGAGCCUGUGUCCUGGCUGGUCAGAAACAAAAACAGACUCCAACCCUGUCAUCUUCUGAAAACCAGCCAGGGAUCAGUGGUUGUCUUCAGCUUUCCGGGGCCAGGAGACCAGGAUUACUCGUGUUCCCCAGGAGUGAUCCCAGGCAGAGGGAGUCUGGCUGGCACAGGAAGGUGCUCACCUUUUCCCUGGGAUUCUAAGAGGACUGGCUUGGUGCACAUCCUACGACCCCACCCCACCGGUGGCAUGGGCAGCGGGAGCGACUCCCCUCUCAGCUUUGAUCCCACAAACAGGUUUUUCUUGCAGGGGGUUGAGAACUCCAAGGCUGAGCUGGCAGUGUGGGGUGUGGAGGCUUCCUGAGGUAUUGGAGCUCCUUUCCUACUGAGCUCGACCUGGGUCAGGUUUCAUCCCUUUCUGGGCUCUGGGCUGGUGGUGCUUCAAUCCAGCAAGGGCGUUGGGGUGAGUUGUAGGUUAACCCAGAAUUAGGAGGGACAUAGAGAGUUCAAUAGGAAAGUGAUUCGAGGAUUCAGAAACUUUUCCGAUAUAAAUUUAUCAGUGGUCAGACUACUCAGUGAAUUUUGAUACCUCAGGGCCAUUUGCAAAUCUUUAUCUUUUCAUAUUUAUUUUGUGUUCAAGUAGGCUGAUAGGAAUUCGGAGAAUUCUGAGGUUCACUUGCCUCCCCUCCCUUUGAGGCGAGUGGUGCCCCUACACCCAGCUUGCUGGUGUUGCCGUCCGUCACUGCUGUGAUGUGGGCCUUCCUCCUCUCGUGCUUACAGGCAUCCUUCCUGCAGUGAACGCUUCGUUGCUGGUUGCCUCCUCUGCCCUGUCUGGUCGGCCCAAAGGACAGGCAGGAGGAGAUGGCAGUUCAAAGCAACCGCACAGCUUAGAGCAGCUUUCCUCCCACCGUCUUGGGCUGGGGACCUUUGCCUCUGAGACCUUUGUGGUUGGCUCAGCUCAAGUAAGCAUGCCCUGUGUGUAUGCUAGAGCCACUGACCAUCUCACUAGAAUUGUUUUAAAUGUCUUUGGAUGGGAAAUAACAGGCUGCACUUGAAGCAACAUGGAAACGAAGGUUCUAAUGGUGAGAAUGAAGUUCUAGGAGCUUGUAUGCCGAGGGUCAUAUGUACACAGGUCCAAUACAUACUAUUAGAAAGACUUGAGUCAGUACAUGUUUUCAAGUUUUAAUACCCAGAGUGGGUAUUAAACAUGAACAAAUGGGAAGAAUGACUAGGAGUAUUGUCUUGCCCUCCUUGCAGGGUAUCUUCUGGCAUUUGCCCACAUCUGACCAACAUUGAUUCACUCGGGAAGUGAUUCUUUUGUAGCCAGACUCUUUCAGAUUCACCCUGGAGAGAACUAUCAACUGGACCUGGUGGGGCUUGGGUGUCUGAUCUUUUUGUUGGAGGCCAGGACCCCUUGGUUAUAAACAGCUGGUCUCAGGCUUCCAGAGCAGAAAGGAGUGGGAAAGAAUAAGGCCUCAGGACUCACUCCCCAGAGAGCUUCUGAUUCGUUAUCCCCGUGUCUGAGGUCUGCUGUGAAGGUAGAGUGUAUCAGUCCAUUGACUUUUCUUGUUUCUGGAGUCCUUUAAAUCCACAAAUGUAUAUGCUUUAUUUUACAUUAUUUAUUAUGUACAUAUGCCUCUACUGUUAGUACAUCAUCUGUGACUAAGAUGAGAUCUGUUCUGGAGCCCCUCGUCCAUGGAGCCUAGGGUCCCGUUGUCCCUUAAAGUGGGUGAGAAGGCAGUAAUUUUGUUUUUGUCUUCAACAGGUUGCUGCGCUUAUGUUGGCCCUAGUGUCCCCAGCCCCUUUUCGGGACCACCUACAUUCCUGAUGACCAGUGCUGGGACGAGCACGGAGGCAGGUCUCUUACCUGGUGGUAGGGCCUCGUACGUACCUCUGUGAAAUACUUCCGAGGUGCUUGCUGGUGGCUGGGUCUCUGCUCUAUGUAGUGGUGCCGCAUGGCUGUGAGCCCAGCGCCUCCCUCCUCACUCCACCCUCCCACGCAGUAAUAGCCUCUCCCUCCCCACCUUGGAUUACAGACGCCAUCUGUCUGGACCAUGGAAGCUGCCUUUUCUUGGUUUUGAGGCCCCAUCUUGGCCCUCAAGACCCUGCUUUGUGUCUGAUUUACAUCCUCCUCUUUGGCCUUUCGUCACUGUAUCAUAGUGUACAUUUCAUGCUUUUCAGCAGUGAAGUUUCCUGAACACAGUAUUCAGAGCUGUGUACAUAAACCUAAAGCACAAGUGACAUGUAUAGGUUUCAUGAGCUGAUUGUCAUAAUGAAUGCAUUUUAUAAUUCAAAUGAUGAUGUAGAUUUACAAUCUCUCCUAUUUAUUUUGUACCAAUUUAUUUGUAAAUUUUGUGAUUGUUUUCAAAGGUUUUUGUUCAUUUCUAUUAUUCUAUUUAGAUAAAUGAUGAUUUUCUGUUCACUGUUCUAGCGGGUGUGUGUUCCCUUUCCCCUUUCAUCUAUUGCAACACCAGCCUCGGUUCCCUGCCCAAUUGCACAGUUUUACUGGAAAGCUGGAAUUGGUUGUUGGCAUAGCAACACAGCAGGGUAUUCACUUUGGAUGUGUAUCAGUCGUGUUAAAAAAGUGGGUGCUAGAACUGUGCCUCCAGCUUACAGUCUGGGUACAGCCGAUUCCAGGGAGGUGCUCCUUUGCAAGGAUUAGCCUGUCCCCCAUCAGUUCAUUUUAGAUAAGGACACUGAGCGUGUCUGAGGGUGUCCACUCACAUUGCCCCGGACAUUUGCUGCUGUCACUAGUCACACACAGUUCAGCUGGGCAAAUGUCUAAGCCGUUCUUUUCCUAGACAAGACCGAAGGCCUCACCCAAGCCUCUCAGUUGGCACUCGAAGACGAAAAUGGGUCUGUGAGUCCUCUGCUACUCGAUGCCUAGGAUGGAGAAAGGGUGCAGCAGGCACAGAUGGUUCACCCUCAAGUUAAAAACACUGGGAAUGAGUGUGGUGAGUCCCGUUCUGAUGCUCUUCAGGAUUUGGUGGGUGUCCCACAUUUCCUAAUCCAGUGUGUGUGGUCCACCUCCUCUUCCAUCAUCAUUUCUUUUAAAAGCUUCUAUUCUUUCUUCCCCUCCUCACUCCUAUGGGACCAGACCCUGAAGUUCUGGUCUGAGGUUCAUGGCCCCUGUGCGAUCCAUUCCUAGACCUUUUUGGAAUCCUUCUUCCUCUAUUCUUAGUCUCUCUUUUAUAAUCCAGAGGAUCGUGCUCUGAGAUUGAGCCUCUUGAUGACUGGUCCCUUCUUUACCCCGUUAUUUAAUCAGGUGUUUACUGUCUGUUUUACUUACACUUGUCCUGUGGAUGGAGACAUUUUAGUGAACUGCUGACAAGCUUGGCUUUGAGACACUGCCUGACCUAACCACCAUCCCACCUCCCCAGCCACCCCUAUUUCUUGAAAGUGGGAGGUAGAUGUGUAUUUCAGUGAAGUGUCACCUUCUUGGGAUCCUUAGAAACAAAACAGAAAGCACAAGCAGGACCCGGGAAGGAAUGAUCUCUCCAGCACAUCCACUCCCAGCUGGCUGCUUUGCAGUUUUUCCUACAUUACUCACUUUGUCUAAAUGAGUCCUGAGCCCAAGGAAAAUAGACACGAUUUUUCCUACUGUGAGAUGAGAUUUGCCUAAGUUUCUGUCUGCAUCCAUGAAGUACCCAUGUGUUGGUUCGUUUCUAAGCUUUACUGUGAAAACGGGAGGGGGGGUGUUUCUAUUUCAUAUUAAAUUGUGCUCCCUGGGGCCUCUUCUCAGCUCAGCACUUCUGAGGCUACAGAUAGUGAUCAGAGGAUCUCGUAGAGAGAGUGGCACAAACUGAAUGACCUUCUUGUAGCCUGGAGUUGAUUUCUGAAAACUUGAUAUUUUUUGAAGGUAAUUCAAUUUAAGAGAGAUGAUUCCUUAUUAAAGCCAACAAGUUGAAUUAUAUUCGAUAGGCUAAUAAACUCUUUUGCUUUCUUUGUAUAAUUUUCAUCAUUUUCCCUCCAAGAUCCUCACAUCUGUGCUAUUUUCAAGAAGUCCCAGAACAAAGGAAUGGUUCGAGGGCCCUUUCUCUGUGACAUUCUGGGCAUGCCAUCUCCCCAGGGGGACCACUGUAAGGCCUAAGCAUACAAGGGGGAAUCAGUUGCCAGAAUUCUUUGUCAAAGUGCUUUCUUGCUGGGCUGUCAGUGAUUGUGAAGCUCACACAGUAGGCCAACACAGACAGGGAAGUUUAGAUGGAGCCAGCUCCCCUCCCCCAGUUCUCCUCCUCUAAUGGCUAGAGGGCCCAAAGGCUCCUUGCUUCAGAACCCCCACACCCAAGUCAGCAGUGACCUCUGGUGAGAACCCCCUCAAAAAAGGACUGGACACAAACAUUCUUCUGUGUUGGGAAGGUUUGCUUGGCAAAUCCUCGUUCCCAGUAUCUCAGGAACUUGUGAGACUUGGAAAGACUGUUGCCGUCUUUCAUGGGAAGGGCGUGCACUCAGCUGCUUGGGCUCCAGUGUUUUGUGUGUGAGGUUUAUCUUGGCCCAGACUCUUCAGGCCUCGUCUAUAGCCCUGGCUAGACAUGGCUUUGGGGAGAGCUCAAAGGGAGAGCAAGCAUUUGGGGACAUAUUUGUACAUGAAGCAAUCCGUCUAAUCUACCUUUUUUCUAGUAAUAAAAUGGAGCAAAGGUAUCUUAUUUUGUAAGAAGAAAUAUAAAGGGAACCAACCAGAAAUUGGUCAUUUUGUUUAAAAUUGGAAAAUGUAGAUUACUUAGACUUGCAGUCUCCUGGAGUCAGCAAGCUUGAGAUGAAAUAUUGUGUUGAGUACUUUUUGUGUUCAAGCUCUUCAGAGGAACUUAAACUACUGUGUAUAUUGUAUUUUUGAAAUUACGUACCUUUGUUUGAACAAGUCCGAUUGUUGUGGCCUUGGAAUGAAGAUAGCGUAUCUGAGGACAGGGAAAAAUGGUUGAGAUUGCCAGGUGAAACAGAAGCUGCCUGUUCGUUCCGUAGAAGAAUGCUUUCUUUUCGUAUGACUUGCUUUCUGCUAUUUCUACAUCCUCAGCAGUGAGAACAGUGUGAAAUGCUGCUUCUCUGUGAGUGGAGUUGUAGGAUGGGACCCUGUGGGCUACUGAUUAAGUCACCUGACUGCUUCCUGCUGCUGUGUGUGCACGUCUCCUCCCACUCUGAUGGUAGCGCGUUAUCUUUCUUCUGUUUUCAAGGCUGCUUGAAAGGUGGCUCCGUGGUAGAGAUUUCAUUCUCGAGGCCUCCUAAAUUGUGUAUCAUUUAAAAUUGUUCCAUUUGAGGAGAAAGUUUAAGUGCUCUAUUGUCCAGUCACCAAGAAAGAAUGUCACGAGAAACCUAGAAGUACUGAGAUGUAAGCUACUAACCCAAGUGGGGACUUGGGCCAUUCACUGCAUGGCAAUAGCUAGAUCAUAGUUACCAUUUUUCCCACCGUCAAAGAAAGGUUAAAUAGUUUCCGUAACAUGGAAUGUGGACAUGGCUCCUACCCUUAAUGCAGACUUAGAUAUGCAGUUGUUUGUCUCAGGCUAUUUGUGGUGAAUAAGCAGAGUAUUUUUAAAUGCUCUUGGCAGCCUUGGAAAAAUUGCAGGGCUUUCAAGUUGUUGACAAAAUAUUUCUUAAAUAAAUAAAUCUGAUUUAGAAAUAGCUAAACAUGGACUUUUAAAUCUAACAUGUCAGUGCAAGUGGCUUUUUAAAGUGGUUGCUUAAAAACAAUACUAAGAUGAUUGAAGGAUUUGUAGCUCUAACUUAUUCUAUUUCUAUUAAGAACCACUUCUCCUAAAAGCAUCUUAGAAAGGGUAGCUUGAAGGGCUUGCUUUCUUAUUUUAGGUCUCAGCAGAGCUAUGCUUAUGGUAGGAGGAAAUCUACGAGAACACCAAACUUCCUCGGCUUAAACGGACUUUUCUGAAAUACCCCAUCUGGGCCUUAACUGAGCAUCUUGGGAGAGAUGAAGGUAUAGGACAGGUCUUCUCGCAGAGGGCCCCGGGCAGGGCUGGGGUCUGCUGUGCACCAGCCCUGAGAAUGGGAGUUCAGUCCAGCACCAAACAGGGUGUCUUUUACAAAGCCUGAUCCUAAGCGGUGUUUUCCAAAACCCAGGAAGUUCUGACAAGAGCUGGAAGAUCUUUCUCAGUCUAGAACGCCUCAGCUUUAAACAAGAGGGUUAGGGGGGUAUAGGCAGGUUAUACAUUUUAAGUUCAGCUUCCUUUAACUAUUGGCAACAGAGAAACUCACAUUCAUGUUUUAACAAGCCCAACUGCAGUGUCCUGAGUGCCUGCCCACGGACCACUUCCUCCCUAACACCCUUUCCUAACAGGAAUAAUAUACAGAGCAGUAACUCUCUGCUCUGGCUCUUAGACCUGUAUGGAAUCCUAGCUCUUAUAAAUGUUGGUGGUCUUGAAGAAAGCUGUGAUCAGCAAUGGAAUUCUUACUCCAAUUGUGUUUUUCACUUCUCAGUCUUUGGACGCACUGCCAGAGAGACAACUGACUAAAAAGAAACUUACAUAGGUAAGAUCUUACGUGGGCAACACAAUGUAAAAAGUGUAGUAAAUUAAAGCAAAGUGCUCAUGUUGGUCCUUGCUCUAAAAGGGAAAGGAUGUAAAUGUACUUACUAUAAGUUAGCUCUGUAGUUGUAAUAACUCUCUUAGAAAUUCUUUGGCUUUGAGAAAAUUUAAGACCAUGUCAAACUGGGCAGCAUCUCUAUCCUGAAUGAGAAUAAUAGCUGGGAUGACCACAAAUAUGUUCUCUAAAAUUUAAAACAGGACAGUAUCUUUAUUGCAUUCCCUACGUAUAAGAUGAUUUUUUAAAAAGUCUCACCUCAUAGUGCUGUACCAAAAAACUUUCCAUGACAAAAUUUUGAGGCCUAUUUAGGUAUUAUAAAUUUAACCAUUAAUUAAUUAAUCAUGCUAGACUAUAUUUAAGAGAAUAUCCAAUUGAUGUCCCUAAGCCAAACCUAAACCCACUUGAAGACCAACAGUUUUUACAGUUGUGCUAUAGGAAGGGGUCAAAGUCAGUAUUAGAAAUGUUAUACUUUAUUGAAUUCUAGAGUAGCUACUCUACCCUCCCAUGUUCAUCAAUGACAGUAAGAAUGGAAGAACUAUAUAGGAAAGUUAAAGUAGGAGUCUACCCCAUUGUUAAAAACUUUGUAACAACUUUCACUGUACUGGGAGGCAGUUAUAAUACCCUAAAAGAUACAGUAAUGAUCCAUUCUUGUUCAAAACAACAAGAAAUUAUUUCACUUGGGAUUCUGAAGUGAACUUAUUCAUAGUGAUUGUGCCGUCUGCUUUCGUAAGGUUCUGGCUUCCAGAGCCUACUUCCUCUCCUCUACUGCUCGACUCUGAAAAACCCCGAGACUAAUGAAGGCUGUAAAGGGGCAGCAUGAGCCACAUGGCAUGUGAAUUUUAUUCAGUUACGCUGUCAUAUACGAAGGAGGUUCCUCCUUUUCUAUUUGGGGGCUUGCUCCUUUGUAUUCUUUCAGCUAAAUUCUUUCUAUAGAUUUACAUCGGAUGAGAAAAAGAUUGUUUUUUGGAAAACAAAUAAGCAUUUUUGGUAUCAAUCACAGAACUGCAGAAAUAGAUGAAGACUUUUGCCUCAAAAUGAAAUUGCUGCAGUCCAUUCUGGAUCAGCCCUCCAGCGAGUAGAGAACACUUCUGCAAAGCCAGGGAUUACAGCCGUACCCGAGGAACUGAGGACACUUAACAAGCUUGUAAAAGGAACCUUGACUUCAACAGAAAACUACAUUUGAUAAUGGAAACAAUGUAUUUCUCCAAUGAUAUACAAUACUACAUAAUGCACUGAAAAAUACGGACUUUGGAGUAAGAGCACAAUUUGUAAUGUAACAGCAUUUUUGGAUCACCUCUUCCCAUCGUUCUCCUUGUUCCACUCUGAGACCCUUCCACGUUACUGGUGAUGAAA